GAACCACCGCUGGGGUCUGCUGCUGAUUCCACAAUGCUCACCCUUCACCUUCCGCUCUUUACAUCCCAACAAUCCUCACAUUUAUAUGCUCCUCUUCUCCUCUUCUCCUUCAUCCCUCUCGCCUUCUCAGCCUUCUCCCAGGACAAAACAGAGAAACAAAAUGAAACUCUGCAUCAUUCUCUUGUUUGGUAUUUGGCUGAUGAUGCUCAUGCCCUCUUCACCAGCAUGUGCUCAAACUGCUGCUAAGCCUCCUUCAUUUAGCCCGACUCCCGCACCGGAACCAGCCCCGGCACCGGCCGCCGAUCAUGUCAACCUUGCUGAUUUGCUAACAGUAGCUGGUCCCUUCCAUAAGUUUCUUGGCUACCUUGAAUCCACCAAAGUCAUUGAUACCUUCCAAAAGCAAGCCAAUGAUUCAGAAGAGGGAAUAACCAUAUUUGUACCAAAAGAUGGUGCAUUUUCAUCCCUCAACAAGCCUUCACUAUCCAACCUCACCAACAACCAGCUCAAAUCACUGUUACUCUUUCAUGCCUUACCACAUUACUACACUCUAGCUGAUUUCAACGGCCUUAGCCAAAAGGGUCCCAUCACAACAUUUGCCGGUCAGCACUACACCUUGAAUUUUACUGAUGCAUCUGGCACUGUGCACAUCAGCUCAGGCUGGACUAACACAAAGGUGAGCAGCAGCGUGCUUUCAACCGAUCCCAUCGCAGUUUAUCAAGUCGAUCAUGUACUCCUUCCAGAGGCGAUCUUUGGUACCGAUUUCCCUCCCACACCAGCGCCAGUACCAAGCCCCGACGUUGCUCCUGCUGCUGAUAGCCCAUCUGCUGAAACAGAGGACGGUGUUUCUCCAUCAUCGACCGAGUCUCCGUCUUCUUCCUUUAGGAUUGCUGGAAUGGUAGUCUGGAGCCAGUUGGUUUUAGCCAUUUCAGCUGGACUGCUCCUGUUUUAGUGAGUGAAGGAUAAAGAAGUUUCAGUUUAUUUCUGUGUGUAUCAAUUUUGUUCAAUGCAAUGUCCAAAGGAAAUCAAAUCUGAUUCCAUUAA